UGAACUCAUAGGGCCAACUGUUAACUUGUUUGCGUUGAUAUUGGUGUUCUGUUUUAAUUACGUUUGUUAAUCUGAGAACUGACCUUCACUUAUGUGUCUACCUGAAGUGUAACUAUAGAUUUUGGCUGCGAGUGUCGUAUUGGACAGGACAUGGAGCCGAACGAAGUCACUGUUGUUGUUCAUGGUGCACGUGGUCUUAAAGGGAAAAAACAUGGUCGUUGCAAAUUUUCUGUAAUUUUUGGUGUUGGCAUUAAGAAGUACCGCACGUCUAUAGUGAAGGAAUCGAGUGGCAACCCAGACUGGAAUGAAGAAUCGGUUGUUAAAGUUGAUAAUUCGGGAGACUAUGCAUUUUUCACGGUCACAGAGAAAGAGGACAUUUUGGGUCAGAUAGUGAUUCCUCUGACCUCGUUGCCCACAGUUCAAGGUCAGGUUAAACGGACCCCUCUGCGGCCGCACAAGAAGUGUCCUGUUCCGCGCGGGGAGUUGAUCUAUCAGUGUUACGUGUCGAGCAAACGACCCAUUUCCGAGGCGCAGCAGUCACCGUCGAAUUCUUUACAUCAAAACGGACCUCAUCUCACGGGUUUUGCACGGCUGCGUCAGAAUCUCAUGUCAUCUACCUUGACCCUGCAACAAACACAGAGGAAAGAAAGAAAAACUAGCACACUGUCGAACUUGAACAAAAAAUUCUCUAAGUCAUUUCACGACAUUUUCAGUUUCGGGAAAGCGGCCGAAAAUGAGUCGAAAUCGUCAUUUCGGUCUUUCAGCAUCAACGCGAAUAUGGACGAUACCGGCGAAGCGCCAAUCAUUAACUGUAUAACGCCAAACGUCGUCGGUAUAGAAGGCGGAACGCGGCUAGUUAUCGAUGGCAAGAAUCUUGGGCUGGGGAAAUCAGAUAUCGUCGAAUUAAUACUCUGCGGCUGUGACCUGUUGGACUCUGUAGAGUUUGAAUCGUCCAGUCGUAUUUACUGCACGACGAAAGCUACCACAUCAGCUGGCAAGGGGGAUCUGUGGCUAGAAACCAUCUCAGGGGGUCAGAUCGUGUUGAAGAAUGUUUUUACGUUAGUUGACAAGUCGGCACCGGUGAAUAUCCUGGGUAAAGGGGACAAGGAAGGUGAAGACGACGUGUCAAUAGAGAGUGGGGGAAUCUCGUUCACAGCUAAUUCGGAUGAGUCACAGACACCAAGUCCACACCCGAAGAGGAUGGGCACUAAUCACAGUAUCUGUAGCGAGUCCGAAAACCAGGAUUCAAAGUACACAACAAAUUCUUUACCACGGCCUAAGAACAGCGGUGAAAUUCAAGGCAAGUUCGUCAAGAAGAACUUCAUCAAACACAUCCGUCAGUCGAGCGAGUCCGUCCUCACAGUUAAACACGAGUCCAAAGAGCAAGAAAAUAUGACAGUGGCUGAACUGAAAGCAGAAAUAACAAAAUUACAGAAUGAAAACAAAGGUCUAAAAAAGGACUUUUCUGCUUUACAAGCUCAGAAUCGCGACAUGAAGGGUUACAUUGAUAGACUUUUAACCAAGGUGUUAGUUCACUGCCCAGAAGCUUUGGAAAAUGACCCACCCAGAUUUUGAUUAUUAUAGGAAUUUACAUCAUUAACCCUCACGAAAAAGUCUGUAUUUAUAGGAGUGAAGACAUAAAUAUGUAAAAGUCUGUAUUUAUAGGAGUGAAGACAUAAAUAUGUAAAAGUAUGUAUUUAUAGGAGUGAAGACAUAAAUAUGUAAAAGUAUGUAUUUUUGAUAUUCAGGGGCGGGACGUAGCCCAGUGGUAAAGCACAUGCCUGAUGCAUGGUCGAUCUAGGAUCGAUCCCUAUAGGUGGGCCCAUUGGGCUAUUUCACUUUCUAGCCUGUGCACCACGACUGGU